CCAGGAGCAGUGAAGUGCCUGACCCCCACGCUGCUGCAGUCCCAGCCUGCCCGUUCGCUGCCCUCCUUGCCCGAUGGAGCCAGCGCUGGCAGAGGACCCCCCUCGAGGUGGCCGGUUGAGCCCGGUGCAGGAGCACUAGUGAGACGUGGUCGGUGGCCUGUGCCACCCUAGGAGGAACGAUGGCUCAGGGCACCGGGAGCAUCAACAGCGACUACAAGGAUUGGGAGUGGAGCGACGAUGCUGGGGAACGGGCCAGGCUCCUGCAGAGCCCCAGCGUGGAGACGGUGCCAAAGAGCGGAGAGAGUCAAGGAGAUGGUCUGGGGGCCACGUCGGCUUUGGGGGCCGUCUUCAUUGUGGUCAACGCUGCCCUCGGGGCUGGGCUGCUCAACUUCCCCGCUGCCUUCAGCAUGGCUGGCGGCGUGGCCGCGGGCAUCGCACUGCAGAUGUGCAUGUUGAUCUUCAUCAUCGGAGGCUUGGUCAUCCUGGCGUACUGCUCGCAGGCCAGCAAUGAGCGGACCUACCAGGAGGUUGUGUGGGCCGUCUGCGGGAAGGUGCCUGGCGUGCUGUGCGAGGUGGCCAUCGCCGUCUACACCUUUGGCACCUGCAUCGCUUUCCUCAUCAUCAUCGGAGACCAGGAGGACAAGAUCAUUGCUGCUCUGGUGACGGAGCCUGAGGAAUCUGGGAGCAGCCGCUGGUACAUGGACCGCAAGUUCACCAUCAGCAUCACCGCCUUCCUCCUCAUCCUGCCCCUUUCCAUCCCCAAGGAGAUCGGCUUCCAAAAAUACGCCAGCUCCCUGAGUGUGAUUGGCACCUGGUACGUCACGGCAGUCAUCAUCAUCAAGUAUAUCUGGCCCGACAAGGAGCUGGUGCCUGUGGAGAUCCCCACCAGCCCCUCCACCUGGAUGGCCGUCUUCAAUGCCAUGCCCACCAUCUGCUUUGGGUUCCAGUGCCACGUGAGCAGCGUGCCCGUCUUUAACAGCAUGAAGGAGCCGGAGGUGAAGACCUGGGGAGCGGUGGUGACGGCGGGCAUGGGAAUCGCUCUCUUCGUCUACACGGGCACUGGUGUCUGCGGCUUCCUGACCUUCGGGGCUGGCGUGGAGCAGGACGUCUUGCUGUCCUACCCCUCCAACGACAUCCCUGUUGCCCUCGCCCGGGCCUUCAUCAUCCUCUGCGUGCUGACGUCCUACCCCAUCCUGCACUUCUGUGGGCGGGCUGUCUUGGAGGGUCUCUGGCUCCGCUACACUGGGGUGACGGUGGAGGAGGACGUGGUUCGGGAGCGGAGGAGGCGUCUGCUUCAGACCAUCAGCUGGUUCCUCCUGACCCUCCUCCUGGCGCUUUUCAUCCCUGACAUCGGCAAAGUCAUCUCUGUCAUCGGGGGCUUGGCCGCCUGCUUCAUCUUCGUCUUCCCAGGGCUCUGCCUGAUUCAAGCCAAGCUCUCCGAGAUCCAAGAAACCAGGGCAAUCAGCUGGUGGGCCCAGGUCAGCUACGGGGUGUUCAUGGUCACCCUCGGAGCCUUCAUCUUUGGACAGACGACUGCCAACGCCAUCUUCGUGGAUCUCACGGCCUGA